UUAUUUCAAGAUCGCUAUUUCUGACGGAUUCAAAAAACUGUAUUUCUAAAUCAAAGUAAAAAGUCUUACUAAAGUACCUAGCUACACAUGAGUUAUUACCGUUCGUUUUACACCUCUGUGACGGGUCAAUCCAAAUGUAGAAAGUUUUCGCCCUCAAGUCAUGAUCACAUACAUUUGGAUCAUGAGCUACAGCCGUUUACCGUACUUUUAGCAUAUUAGUGAAGAGGUCUGUACUUACUUUCAAAGAUUCAUAGUAAUUAGAGCAAGUAGUCCACCGAGUGGGAAAAAAAUCUCUCAUUAAGCAUUAAUAAUUUCGUAGUACAUAUUUGAGUGCCAGACUAGGUAGAUUGAAGGCUAGGCCUCCGUUCGGUGACCGCAUCACCACACACCAUCAUUUUAAUUUUCAACUCGCUCCCCACCCAUCAGCUCCCACCCACCACUUGGGAGACUCCUCUGCUUCUGAAAAUAUACUCAGCGAUCACAGAUUGUGUGGACUGAUCUCUACUGCUAACAUGGCUACCAGGACGCGAAAGCUAUACAGAGGCAGAUUUCUUGAAGAUAUCCCCGAAGAAAUUGUCCAACCUCAAAUCACCAAACCGGACUCGGAAGACACGCCUAGAAGCCGAACCCUACAACCAAACCUUCCAGAGUUCUUAAGUCAACAAGCAGGCUCACUGCAACCCUCACGAAUCCAAACCUCUCGACCUAUAGCUUCUGAGUCCUCGUCUACAAUCCCAUCCUCGACCUUUCGCAAAUCCUCGACAACAGCCUUUUCACAGGCCCCUUCCGAGAUCCCAUUUAAGUGGGAUAAUCCGCACCCUUUUGGUGUCCAAAACGAGAACCAUUCCGUACGUGAGAUUCCUGUCUCUCCCGAGUGCCCAAGGCAAUCGAAAAGACAACGUAUUUGCUACAUCUUUCGCGACAUUUGGAUCGAGAUCGAAUCACGAAUUAAAUGUGAAAACAAGCUAGAAAGGAAUGCGAGAAAAGCACGAGAGGUGAGAAGACGCGAGAGUAUUGCGAAUACAGCGGUGGCCCUUGCGGGAAUGGAAGCCCAACUAAAAAAUCAUAAGGAGAGGGAAGAGAAGAGGAAUAGCGAUGCGCUAGCAAGAGCGAAAGAAAACGAAAUUGAAGCGAAAGCGAAGGAGGAACGUAGAAAGGCCGCCGUGAAGCGUAGUAAGGGAAAGGAGAAGAAAGAGCGCAAGGAGGAGAAAAAGCGGGAAAAGGAAAAUAGGUAAUAUUUCGAACAGAGCCAGAAAAAUACUAUUCGCAGACUGACCAUGACAGGAGGUCGACAUCAAAUUAGUAGAGGAGAGAUAUGUUUGCAUAUGCAUGAUAAUUUUCG